UUCUUCUCUGUAGGUGAAAAGGGGACAGGGAAAUCAACUCAGAAGCCAUUACAUUAUAAGAGUUGUCUGUUUCACAGAGUUGUCAAGGAUUUUAUGGUUCAAGGUGGUGACUUCAGUGAAGGAAAUGGACGAGGAGGGGAAUCUAUAUAUGGAGGAUUUUUUGAAGAUGAGAGUUUUGCUGUUAAACACAACAAAGAAUUUCUCUUGUCAAUGGCCAACAGAGGGAAAGAUACAAAUGGUUCACAGUUCUUCAUCAAAGUUUGUCUAAAAGUUACUAACCAAAACCUUUUUGUUUUUAUUAAAGUUAAGAAAGAAGAAAAGAAAAGGCAUAAAUCAUCAUCUUCCUCAUCAUCAUCCAGUGACUCAGAUAGCUCAAGCGAUUCUCAGUCCUCUUCUGAUUCUUCAGAUUCUGAAAGUGCUUCUGAAGAGAAAUCAAAAAAAAGAAAAAAGAAACAUAGGAAAAAUUCCCGAAAACACAAGAAAGAAAAGAAGAAGCGAAAGAAAAGCAAGAAAAGUGCAUCAAGCGAAAGUGAGGCUGAAAAUCUUGAAGCACAACCCCAGUCUACUGUCCGUCCAGAAGAGAUCCCUCCUAUACCUGAAAAUAGAUUCUUAAUGAGAAAAAGUCCUCCUAAAGCUGACGAAAAGGAAAGGAAAAACAGAGAGCGAGAAAGAGAAAGAGAGUGGUAUGUGAAUCGUUAUCGAACUCCUUCCAGGUCCAGAUCAAGGGAUCGUUUCAGACGUAGUGAGACUCCUCCACAUUGGAGGCAAGAGAUGCAGAGAGCUCAAAGAAUGAGGGUAUCAAGUGGUGAAAGAUGGAUCAAAGGGGAUAAGAGUGAGUUGAAUGAAAUUAAAGAAAAUCAAAGAAGUCCAGUUAGAGUAAAAGAGAGAAAAAUAACUGAUCACAGGCAUGUAUCUGAGAGUCCAAACCGAAAAAAUGAAAAGGAAAAGAAAGUUAAAGACCAUAAAUCUAACAGCAAAGAGAGAGACAUCAGAAGAAAUUCAGAAAAAGAUGAUAAAUAUAAUAAAAACAAAGUGAAGAAAAGGGCCAAAUCUAAAAGUAGGAGUAAGAGCAAAGAGAAAUCAAAGAGUAAGGAAAGAGAUUCAAAACAUAAUAGACACGAAGAAAAGAGGAUGAGAUCAAGGAGUAAAGACAGGGAUCAUGAGAAUGUUAAAGAAAAAGAAAAACAGUCUGAGUCUAAAGGAAAAGAUCAGGAAAGGAGUAGAAGUAAAGAGAAGUCUAAACAGUUAGAAUCAAAAAAUAAUGAGCAUGAUUACAAUAAAAGUAAGGAAAAGGAUAGGCGUGCACAAUCUAGGAGUAGAGAAUGUGAUAUAACUAAAGGUAAACACAGUUACAAUAGUAGAACAAGGGAACGAAGCAGAAGUAGGGACAGGAGCAGAAGAGUGCGAUCUAGAAGCCAUGACAGGGAUCGCAGCAGAAGCAAGGAGUACCAUAGAUACAGAGAACAAGAGUACAGAAGGAGAGGACGAUCACGAAGCCGAGAGAGAAGAGCAACACCAGGAAGAUCAAGAAGUAAAGAUAGAAGGAGAAGGAGGAGAGAUUCACGGAGCUCAGAGAGAGAAGAAAGUCAAAGCAGAAACAAAGAAAAAUACAGAAACCAAGAAAGUAAGAGUUCACACAGAAAAGAAAAUUCUGAGGGUGAGAAAAGAAUGUACUCUAAAAAUCGUGAUCAUAGUAGCUCAAAUAAUAGCAGGGAAAAAAAGGCUGAUAGAGAUCAAAGUCCAUUCUCAAAAAUAAGACAAAGCAGUCAGGACAAUGAAUUAAAGUCCUCCACAUUGAAAAAUAAGGAGGAUGAGAAGACCAGAUCCUCAGUGGAAAAAGAAAACCAAAAAUCAAAGGGUCAAGAAAAUGACCAUGUACACGACAAGAAAUUUGAUCAUGAAUCAAGCCCUGGAACAGAUGAGGACAAAAGUGGAUGAGUGAGUUGGGUAAACUUAUUUCCAUUCUGUCUAAAAUUUUAAGUUUUAGAGACUCGCUACUGAAUCUCCUUUCUGUUGUUUUCCUUUUCAUUGUUUUUGGGUUAUUUUAUGUUUGUCCUUUUUUUUUUUUUUUUUUUUAAUGUGGAUUUCAUUGAGUUGAUCUUUUGAUAAUCUGCAAUCUGGAUAAUUUGUACUGCUAAAGUUUUAAUAAACUUGAAAUGAGAAAAACA